CUCUUGAACUUUACGACACUUGCAGUCAAUAAACGCGCUCAAUCUCUCCGGACGGCAGUCAAAAUAAAGCUGCAUGCAAACAGGACAACUCUCAGGGUAUGUACAGCAGGUGAUUGACAUGUUGCCAGUGGUGGUGGUCCAUGGCGGGGCGGGUCAUAUCCCGAAGGAGCGGGCAGAACUGUCCACCUCGGGGGUGACCUCGGCGGUCCGAGCAGGGUACGUCGUCCUCCGGGGGGGAGGCAGCAGCAUGGACGCUGUGGUCGAGGCUGUGACUCAUCUGGAGAACAACCCCGCCUUCAAUGCAGGUUGCGGGUCAGUACUCAACGUCAAAGGAGAUGUGGAGAUGGAUGCCUUUGUGAUGGAGGGGAAAACACUGGGUAGUGGUGCCGUGUCUGCUGUACGCAAUAUAGCUAACCCUAUCCAAUUAGCAAGACUGGUUAUGGACAAGACAAGUCACCUGUGUCUGACAGCUGAAGGUGCCAAACAGUUCGCCCAGUCCAUGGGUGUCCCUGAGGUGCCCCAAGAGUCCCUCAUCACUGAGUACUCCCGCAUGCGGUGGAGGAAGAACCUGGCACCUGAUGCCAACCCUGUGGAGUGCCAAAUGGGGAAGAUGGGCACGGUUGGAGCAGUGGCAGUCGAUAGCCAGGGCAACGUUGCUUGUGCAACUUCCACUGGUGGGAUCCUGAACAAGAUGGAGGGACGAGUGGGCGACACACCCUGCAUAGGGUGUGGAGGUUAUGCUGACAACACGGUGGGAGCAGUCUCAACUACAGGCCACGGAGAAGCCAUCAUGAAGGUUGUUCUAGCCAAACACAUCCUGUAUCAGAUGGAGCAAGGUCAGUCAGUAGAGGCAGCCAGUGAUUUAGGCCUGGCCUGUAUGAAGAUCAGAGCGGAAGGGCUGGGUGGGGUGAUCACAGUGGACCCUCAAGGACACUGGGCUGCUCGCUUCUCCAGCCGGCAGAUGGCGUGGGCUGCAGCCCAGAAGGAUACCCUGCACUACGGCCUGUACAAAGGGGAAAAUUUCACCCAGAGCAUCGAUGUUCAACACUGACAGGAAAUACAAGUCGUUCUUCUUUUCUUUUUUUAGGCUGAAAUUUUGCACAAAUGGGACAAAAUCAUAUGCUACAAGAAUAAAUAUAAAAAUACUUAAUACUAACACAAAUGAUAGUGAACGAUGCAGAGAGAGAGGUGUGAGUGCACAAUCUUGGAAGAAACACAGAGGAAGGCUCUACUGAUUAUCCCCAUUACCACCCUUCAUGAAAUUACCACCAGCAUGCAGGCAGCUUUUUCCCCUGCUCCCCCUGAAAUAGACCCUGACAGGACUGUAGAGACCACAUCUGGAAAUCUAGCUGCUGCAGCAGGAGCUCACUGUCCUCCGACCUGGAGAUGUGUUGUGAUGAACUCAUCAUCAAACAACAAUAUGACACAAAAGUGGCUGGAAAAAUAAAACAGAAAAAAAUGUUGGAUCAACAUCAAACAUGUUUUUAGCCCCCGGCUAAAUAAUAUGUCUAAAUAUGUCAGCUACGUUUAUGGAUCUGUCUUUCAUGCCAAAGUUUAAAUUCAUUUAAAUACAGUGUUGUAAUAAAAGUACUUAAAAGUCAUAUUGUUAUUGCCAGUAAAAUAAAUGAAUGGAGCCGCAAAGCCUUAAAAGUGUACCUAAAUAUAAUACUUGAGUAAAUGUGAAAAUAAUUUAUCAUGUUUAUUAAAAAUCAAUAAAAUCCACUUGUACGCA